CCCUUGUGGUGGACCCCGGUAACUGUCGGACCGGAUUGGAAAUCAAAAAAGACAGAAAGUUAUUAAAGGACAUUGUCUCUAUCGUUGCUCCAUCAUCAACAAUCUCAUUCCAUUCAAGAUAUCUACAUCACAUCACCAUGGCAAACCUCUCCAGCCCUCUCCGCGUUGGCCGCGUGGAGCUUUCCCACCGCAUGGUCCUCGCACCUCUGACACGAUUUCGCGCCGACGAUGACCAUGUGCCUCUGCCCCUCAUGAAGGAAUACUACUCCCAACGGGCCUCGGAGCCUGGCACGCUGCUCAUCACCGAAGCUACAUUUAUUGCACCCCAGGCAGGAGGAUACCCCAACGUCCCGAUGAUCCACACUCCCGCCCAGAUUGCCGGCUGGAAAGAAGUCACCGAUGCUGUCCACGCCAAGGGAUCCUACAUUUACUUGCAAUUAUGGGCAUUGGGCCGAGUCGCCAACCCAACCGUCCUUUCCUCUGAGGGCGGAUUCGACGUCGUGUCCAGCAGUGCCACUCCAGCUGGCCCAGAUGCGUCCACCCCGCGGGCCCUCGACGAGAAAGAGAUCCAAGCGUACAUCAGCGAGUAUGCCCAGGCAGCACGCAAUGCCGUAGCCGCAGGGUUCGAUGGCGUGGAGAUCCACGCUGCCAACGGCUACCUGAUCGACCAAUUCACCCAAGACACCUGCAACACCCGCACCGACCGCUGGGGUGGAAGCGUCGAGAACCGAGCACGAUUCGCCCUGGAGGUCACCAAGGCUGUCGUGGAUGCCGUUGGCCCAGAUCGCACCGGAAUCCGAUUCAGCCCGUGGAGCAACUUCCAAGGAAUGCGCAUGAAGGACCCUGUUCCCCAGUUCGCAUAUCUCGCCCAGCAGCUGUCCAAGUUCAGCCUCUCAUACGUGCACUUGGUGGAAUCGCGCAUUUCCGGCAAUGCUGACAUUGAAGCCACCGACCAGCUCGACUUCUUCUUGGACGCAUACAACCGCGCCAGCCCGAUCAUCUUUGCCGGCGGUUUCAAGCCAGACUCUGCAUCGGAGGCAGUCAAGAGCAGGUACGCUGCAUACGACGCCGUCAUCGCCUUUGGCAGACUGUUUAUCUCGAACCCUGAUCUGCCUUUCCGGGUCAAGUCGGGGCUUCCACUCACUCCCUACGACCGGGACAGCUUCUAUCUCGCCAAAAACCCCAAGGGAUACACCGAUUACGAGUUUAGCCCCGAGUUCAGUGCUAAGGCGGCAGCUUGAUUGUUGUGAAUAUGAGAUAAACCGGGAUUUUUGUAAUUAGACUGCAUUCACUUUUGGCUCUUCAAUUACUACCUUGACUAUGAUAAUUGGCAUAUCGAGGUGCAGAUCUAAGUCUUUAAACGUCAUAUCUAGGCAAUGUAAGCCAAUUGGAAGUACAUAACUGAAAAAAAAAAAAAAAAA